AUGAAUCUUCCACGUAUAGCUUGCUUCCACGGGGGCGGAUCCAAUAGUGCUGUCUUCGCUGAACAAUGCAAACGCUUGCGACACCUCUUUGCUAAUGAGUACGACUUUGUCUUCUUUGACGCCCCAUACGAACGAGAAGCUGGACCGACAGUACUACCAUAUUUUGCUGAUUAUGCACCUUUCCGCACCUGGCUACAACCCGGUGGAGAUAUAGCGCAGGAAGAGGAAGGCCUCAGCCGUGUUCUGCAGCUUAUGGAUGCACACACGUUGAAGCGGGAACGGGAGCUACGGAAGCUGGGCCGAGACGACGCGCCAGGCAUGUGGAUAGGGGCGAUGGGCUUUAGCCAGGGCACUCGUAUGGUCAGCGGCUUGCUGCUGCGGCAGCAAAGGACUGGAUACGUGGACGGAGGACAGCGCCGACAGCGGCUGAUGAAUGACACAUCCAAUGUCGAUUUUCAAUUUGGCGUGCUUUGCAUGGGUAGCUCGAGUCCAAUGGGAGCUGGUCCUGUCCCACUCAGCUCGCAGAUAAGGGAAGUCGAGUCCACUGGCGACUCCGGGUGGAAGAUGCAUGACAUCGCGAUCCAGAUUCCCACCUUGCAUCUCCAUGGAUUGAGGGAUGACAUCUUGCCAAAAAGUCAGCAACAGCUGAACUCAUAUUUCGAUGGCAAGUCUGCUAUUCGCAUGGAGAUCAACUAUCACCAUGCGAUGCCGUGGUACACGGAGGAUCUAGUUGAAUUUGCCAAUAUGAUUAGGCAAACGCAUCAGCUAGCAACACGGAGGCUGGAUGAGUCUUGA